CAGACGUGAAAAAUGCUGCUGUCUAUAGGCUACAACCUGCGGGUCAUACGUAAUAAUGUGGUGUUUAAAUGUCUCAACAUGUACCAAGUUGGACGCAACUACUUCUGCCCGUCAGAUCCUGUGGAUAUUCCUCAGCACAGGCUGACUUUGUGGCCCGGAUUCUCUGCAUCAGUCACUUACCUCGAGAACCAGCUGACUCUGAGCGCAGAUGUCAGCCACAAAGUCCUGCGCAACGAGACCGUGCUGAGCUCCAUGAAUGAGAUGUACUCCAGGAUCCCCAAAGAGAGGUUCACCGAAGCCUGUGAGAAAGAGUUUCUGGGGAUGGUCGUGUUAACCAGAUACAACAACAAAACCUACCGAGUGGAUGACAUUGAUUGGUCGAUCAAACCCACGGACACUUUCUCGAAAAAAGACGGCACUAAGAUUUCCUACGUGGAGUAUUAUAAGCAGCAAUACAAUCUGGAGCUGACUGACUUAUUCCAGCCCGUGCUGGUCAGCAGCUUUAGGGUGAAGAAGAACGAGGCGUCUGACGCUCCCCUCGUUGUUCACCUACUUCCAGAACUGUGCUAUGUCACUGGGCUGUCGAGCCGCGCGCUUACGGACUUCCGACUGAUGAAAGACCUGUCGCUGGAAACGCAAUUAAACCCGGAGCGCAGGCAGAAGAGGCUGCAGAGGCUGGCAGACAACAUCCAGGAGAGUCGGGAGGCGAGCGCACAACUAGCAAAAUGGGGGCUGCAACUGGAGGCGCAGCUGUCUGUCACCGGGCGCGUCAUUCCACCUGAAAAGAUUUGCUUGCGGGACAAUAUCUGCCAGCCUGCGUCUGCUGCCGACUGGUCUCGAGAUACACGGGACGGGAGGAUGAUCUGCGCCAAGCCUCUGUCCAACUGGCUUCUGCUGUUCAGCCACCGCAGCGCAGCUGUUGCGGAAAAGCUGGUCCACAGUCUGAUCAAAGUGGGCGAUGGAAUGGGCUUCUCUGUGGAAUACCCCAGAAUAGUACAAGUAGAAGACAGCUCGGUUUCGUUCCUGCGGGCUCUGCAGCAACAUGUGAACCCCGAAGUUCAGCUGGUGUUUUGCAUUCUUCCCUCCCAGUCCAAAGACAACUACGAUUCCAUAAAAAAGUACCUCAGCCUGGAACAGCCGGUCCCGAGCCAGUGUGUGCAGAACCGUACCCUGAACAAGCAGCACAUGCUCAUGAGCGUCGCCAGUAAAAUCGCCCUGCAGAUCAUCUGUAAAACCGGAGGAGAGCUGUGGGCGGUAGAGAUCCCUCUCAAGUCUCUGAUGGUGAUCGGGAUCGAUGUCAACAAGGACGCCAUCAAUAAGUCUCAUACAGUCGUGGGCUUUGUGGCCAGCACAAAUUCAAGACUAACCAAGUGGUUUUCACAGUGCAUCAUUCAGAAAACAGCAACCGAUUUUGCUGAUUGCUUGAAAGUUUGCAUGAAAGGCGCUAUUGAAAAGUGGCAAAAAUGUAAUAACGACUUGCCCAACCGUAUAAUCAUCUACCGGGAUGGAGUUGGAGAUGGACAGCUGCAGAUGGUUGUUCAGUAUGAAAUCCCUCAACUUCUUGGCUUCUUUAAACAGUCCCAGCCUGCAUACAGCCCUAGGGUCACUGUGGUUGUGGUGAGGAAGAGAUGCACCACCAGGUUCUUCAGUCAAUCUCAUCGAGGAUUACAGAACCCCCCACUGGGAACCAUUGUGGACAAUGAAGCUACAAGACCAGAAUGGUAUGACUUUUUCCUCAUAAGCCAGAACGCUCGGCAGGGAACGGUGAAUCCCACCUACUACAACGUUUUGUACGACAGCAACUGUCUGAAACCGGACCACCUGCAGCGCCUCACCUACAAAAUGUGCCACCUGUACUACAACUGGCAGGGUGUGAUCCGUGUGCCCGCUCCAUGCCAGUACGCCCAUAAACUCACCUUCCUUGUUGGGCAGAGCAUCCACCGAGAGCCAAGAAUUGAGCUUUCAAACACCUUGUUUUACUUAUAAGUUGUUGUACACUGUACUUCUAGUAACGGCAGGACAGAUC